UUAUGUCACACACUGAAUAAUCAGAAAUGCAUUCUGGCAUGUAAAUGAUGAAUAUGGAUAUGAGAAUGUAUAUGAUCAUUAAUUGGGAUUAUCAAGUCAGAUUCGUCUUUAAUGAGUAAAUCAUCAAUAUUAAAUUUAUAGUUGGAAAUCUACUACCCAAGGUGAAUUUGUUGGAGGACUAUUUGCUACAAUGUUUUUCUGCGUUUUUCUUUGUUUACUUCCAGUUCUAAAAGGAUUCGCAGAUAAAUAAAAGUAAUCAUCCAUUUUAUCAGAUCUCUUUUUUUGAAGAUUGCUUGGCAAUUUUUAGCUGCCACAUAAUCCUCGAUAACAAUGUUUUUAUUAAUGACAGUCAAUGGUAAAUUUAUUUUAAUAAUUAAAGGUUGGGUUUUUCUUGCUAUGGCUUUAGGUUUCGGAAUUGGAAAUUAUAUAUUCUAUCCUAAAAUGCCCAUUUGGGAAAAACAUUAAAGAGAAGAUGAAUAAUAAGUCUUAGACAGAGUAAAUUGA